CGCAAGUACUCGCCCACCCACGCACUCGAUUCCUUUCGCUCUCUGCGCGCGCUCUUGUCUGAUCGCGACGAGGAUCCAGUGAUCGGACUUGGAAGCGUUUUGCGUUCGGGUCUUAGCAUUGACACAUUGAAACGAUGCGUCGUGUAUUGGUUCGCGUGAUCACGGCGGCCUGCCUUGUGAUGGCGGCGGUGCACGCACAGGAGAGCAGCGCGAGUGGCAGCGGUAGUCUCGACGGCGUUGUGGGGAUUGAAACAGUGCAGCAGGAGCAGCAACAGCAGCAGCAGCAGCAGCAGCAGGAACAGACCACUACAGCUCCCGCUACGACCGCGCCGAGCACCAGCUUUAACAGCCCGUCGCUCGGACUUGGCUCAUUGCUGUCGAACACUGUGACUGGCACGGUGGACUCGGCCACAGACGUCGUGGAUCAGGUGACAGACACGACCGCGUCGACGGUACAGGACGUAACGAGCACGGUCGGCACGACCGUGAACGGCGUGACCAAAACGACCGGCUCAGUCGUGAACUCAGCCACUUCGACAGUGGGCGAUGUGGCUCAGACAGCGGCGUCCACAGUGGACGACGUGGCCCAGACGGCGCCUUCGACUGUGGACAGCGUGACGAAGACAGCGACGUCGACUGUGGGCGACGUGACUAAGACGGCGGCGUCGACGGUGGAUGACGUGGUCCAGACGGCCGGAUCGACGCUCGAUGGGGUAACGCAGACGGUGGACUUUACGGUGGACACUGCGGGCUCUACGCUCGACAGCGUGGCGGACCAGUUGGGUUUUACUCUCGACGAUGUGACUCAAACGACAGUGGGCUCUACCUUGGACGACGCGACGGAUACCGUGGGUUCUACUUUGGAUGACGUUACGAAUACUGUGGGCUCUACCUUGGACGAUGUGGUAUACACCGUCGGUUCUGAGCUGGACGAUGUGAUUGACACGGCCGAGUCGGCGCUAGACGAUGUUACGCAGACUGCUGGGUCGACAGUCAAUGGCGUCAAGAAGACGGUCGGAUCGACAGUUAAUGGCGUCACGCAGACUGUUGGCUCGACGGUAAAUGGAGUCACGAAUACCGUGGAUGAUGUGGUGGACACAGUGGCCCCUGUUGUGCACAAGGUGGUCAACACGGCCGGCUCUACGGUCAAAACAUUGGCCAACACCACGUCGAAUGUCGCUAAGACGGUGGCUCCCGUCAUUGAUACUAUUGCUAACACUGCGGGAUCAACGACACUGGCUCCUGCUGUGAACAAGGUGACCAACACGGUGGCCGACACGGCCGACUCGACGGUGAAUACCGUGACCGACACACUAAAGACGGUGACCCCAGUCGUCAACAAGGUCACCAACACUGUGGCCGACACAACCAGUUAUGCAGUGAAUACUGCGUCCAACGUCGUGAAGACGGUGACCCCGGCUGUUAAAAAGAUACCUAACACGGUGGCCGACACGGCCGACUCGACGACGGUGACCCGGGCUGUUAAAAAGAUACCUAACACUGUGGCCAACACGGUCGACUCGACGGUAAAUACCGUGACCAACACAUUGACCCCAGUCGUCAACAAGGUCAUUAACACUGUGGCCGACACAGCCAGUUAUGCAGUGAAUACUGCGUCGAACGUCGUGAAGACGGUGACCCCGGCUGUUAAAAAGAUACCUAACACGGUGGCCGACACGGCCGACUCGACGGUGAAUACCGUGACCGACACACUUAAGACGGUGACCCCAGUCGUCAACAAGGUCAUUAACACUGUGGCCGACACAGCCAGUUAUGCAGUGAAUACUGCGUCCAACGUCGUGAAGACGGUGUCCCCGGCUGCUAAAAAGAUACCUAACACGGUGGCCGACACGGCCGACUCGACGGUGAAUACCGUGACCGACACACUUAAGACGGUGACCCCAGUCGUCAACAAGGUCAUUAACACUGUGGCCGACACAGCCAGUUAUGCAGUGAAUACUGCGUCCAACGUCGUGAAGACGGUGACCCCGGCUGUUAAAAAGAUACCUAACACGGUGGCCGACACGGCCGACUCGACGGUGAAUACCGUGACCAACACGGUCGACUCGACGGUGAAUACCGUGACCAACACGGCCAAUACGGUGGCACCCGUAGUGCAGACUGUGGCCAAGACGGCAACGAAUGUGGUUACCCCUACAGCGACCUUGGCCACGGACGCGGUCACCCAGACGGUGGGCAGUACGACGCUCGUGACGGCGGGACUUCCGUCUGCGACGAGUCCUCCAGCCAGAACUGCACGUCCUACCACUGCACCUCCCACGACUGCGUUCACGAAGACUGGCACUACUAAGACUGGCACUACCAAGACCACAACGCAGCAGAGUCCGUCGUCGCAGAAGGAGGACGAGAAGACCCCAUCGACCCCACACAUUGUGACUCUGACGGCUAAGGACUCGUCCGACUCAAAGACCGAGACCAGCGCGGACCAGACCGACUCGGACUCUAGCAAGCCCAACUCUAAGAACAAGAAGAACACGUCAGCCGGCGACGAGUCUGACAGUAGUGAUGACUCGGUGUUUGUCCCCAAGUCUUCGAAUUCAUCGUCCUCGUCGACCGACGUAGCGGACGUGACCAAGAAGCCUUCGACUAAGAAGCCUACCAAAACUAAGCAACCUUUUACUUCUUCUUCCUCUAAUGCCGACGACAGUGCCUCUGACUCGGGUUCUGGCUCGGAGGAGGUCGGUAUUCCUGACGACUCGGCUUCUACUGCAGAAGGUUCGACGUCUAUGUCGGGAUCCAUGGAAGGUCCAGAAGUGGGCGAUGUGUCUACUCCCGAGCCUAACAAGACGACGCUACGUCCUGAACCUGCUCCUGCUACUGCGGCCCCCGCUCCGGCUGCACCGGCGGCUACGCCCGCCCCGCCGGCUGCGGAAUCAACGUUUGGGAGCGGCAGUCUAACGAGCCAGGAAGCUCAAGCCAAGCGCGCGGAAGACGUGUCCGGUAAGAGCGACACAGGCACAUCGGCCUUGUUGGCGGUGGUCGCCGCGGCCGGUUGCGCGGCCGUUGUCGCCAUCUUCGCGUACGUGAAGAAGCAGAACCACGAGACGGAGGGUACAGGCCCCGACGGCUCUCGCAGCUCUGCCACCACGGCGGACGGCGUACGCCCAUCAGAAGACAGCGUGUACAACGACCCGUUGGGCACGCGCUACUCCAGUAUCGUCAUGAUCACGCCCAACGGCGACGGGGUGUGCAUCUUGUAGAUGGAGUGAAUGCGCACCGAUAGAGGGCGACUGCGCUUUGUGAACAGAACGACAUGUGGAUAGCUUAACCCUCGCGGAUUUUGACCUUAAAAGUAAUCGA